CAAGAUGCCUGCUCUUGUGCUGCCAGAGAAGUUCCAGCACAUCUUGCGUGUGCUCAACACCAACAUAGAUGGACGAAGGAAGAUCAUGUAUGCCCUCACAGCCAUCAAGGGUGUGGGAAGGCGAUAUGCCAACAUUUGCUGUCGCAAGGCUGACAUCGAUGUGUCAAAGAGGGCAGGAGAACUCACCGAUGAUGAGGUUGAGAAGUUGAUGACCAUCCUGCAGAACCCCCGCCAGUACAAGAUCCCCGACUGGUUCCUCAACAGGCAGAUGGACGUCAAGGACGGCAAGUACGGUCAGAUGAUGGCCAACAACCUGGACAACAAGCUCCGUGAGGAUCUGGAGCGCCUCAAGAAGAUCAGGGCUCACCGUGGUCUCCGACAUUACUGGGGUCUGCGUGUGAGGGGACAGCACACCAAGACUACUGGCAGGAGAGGAAGGACUGUUGGUGUGUCCAAGAAGAAGUAAAGUGGGACCAGAGCGUUGUUUUGCGAUGUGUACAGUCAUUAGACUCUUUGUAAAAUAAAGAUCGAGUAACAGAGAGGAAA